AUGUACCUGGAUCCUCGAUUUGCGAUCCUUUUAGAAGGUGAAGGUGAGGAGACAGCGGCUCGCCACUUGCAAAUUCUGCAUAAUCGUCUUGCACGUGAAAGGGGAAUCUGUGAGGACAAAAGUGUCUGCAGCACUUCCAACGAAGUUGAGGAUGAAGACGAUUCUGCAGCAGCAGAAAUUGCAAGAAGGGUAGCUCGAAAAUUUCGAGAGAAAAAUGAUCUCUCUAACGGACGUGUCGAAGUCGAUGACCUAAGACUCCAGCUGGAAAAUUUCCAAGAGCAGAUACCUCAGCCGGAGUCUUGUGAUGUCCUGGCGUACUGGAAGGACAAGAAACACACUUGGCCAGAAUUGCAUGAGCUGGCCAUGAUUGUACUUGCUACUCCAGCAACUCAAGUCAGUGUGGAGAGAUUAUUUUCAGGAAUGCGGUACAUUUUCUCCACAUUACGCGGUAACUUAAAGGGUGAAAUUUUGGAUCUCAUUCUUCUGAUUCGUUGCAACAUCGACAUUUUUGAUAAAAAUGACUCUGAUGACGACGAUGACGAACAUAUCGAAUCUAAAAAAAUGCUGUAUUCUGUUAUAUGA